AUGGGUCAGAACGUCCAGAAAGUGCCAGCGAGGCAAAUGUGGCAGGACUUCGACAAGGAUGGCAGCGGUGUUCUCGACCGAAAUGAGGUUGAUGCCUUGCUGAAACACAUCUGGAAGACCUACAAGGUUCAAAAGCCGCUUUCUCCCGAUGUUGUUAAGAACGUCCUGGAAGAGCUGGACAAGAGCAAGGAUGGCAAGAUCGUGCAGGCAGAGUUUGAGGACCUGUACGACGACCUUUGGGAAGAGAUGUCGCAGAUGUACGCGAACUCUGCGACCCCAGCCAAAGCAGCUGAGUCCGGGGCCAAGGCCAGCCCAAAAGGUGGAUCCAGUCCCAGAGGUGCCAAGACACCGCCACAGCCGGCACCGCCCAAGGCUGUCCGGCACAGCAGUCCCAAAGCCAAGGUCCCGAACAACAUCCGGUGCCCUCACUGCGCCUUUGAAAUUGAUCCGCGUCAGCUACACAGGCUGAAAGUGCCGCCGGAGGCGCUGGGCGUCGUUCCAGGUCCCUGGCAGAGGCCUGAUGGAGGAGGCUACCAGACUCCUGCUGCCAUCGCAGCACCGCCCCUACCGCCGGGAACCACGCUCCACGGCCAGGUGCCUUCCUCUUUCUUCCAUUCGUCGCAUGGCUGGUGGGCGCAACCAUCCGGUUCCAGUCCAUGA